CAGACGGGUGGACUCUGAGAUGCACACCCCAUGCACACACCCCAUGUCCUGAUGCUCCCCUGGCCCACAGGUGGAUGGAGAGGAGGAGGAGGAGCUGAUUCCAGAACCCGAACCAGAGCCAGAGCCAGAGCCAGAGAAGGCAGAUGAGGAGAAUGGAGAGAAGGAAGAAGUCCCAGAGACACCCCCAGAGCCCCCCAAGAAAGCACCUCCUCCACCUCCCGCAAAGAAGGAAGAAGCCAGAGGCGUCGGCAUGGAGUUCUGGGGAGAGCUGGAAGUGCAGAGGGUCAAGUUCUUGAACUACCUCUCCCGGAACUUCUACACACUGCGCUUCCUCGCCCUCUUCUUGGCGUUCGCCAUUAACUUCAUCCUGCUAUUUUAUAAGGUCUCAGAUUCCCCGCCAGGGGAGGAUGACUUUGAGGGCUCCGCAGCUGGGGACCUGUCCGGGGCAGGGUCUGGAGGUGGCUCCGGCUGGGGCUCGGGGCCUGGCGAGGAGGCCGAGGGCGACGAGGAUGAGAACAUGGUCUACUACUUCCUGGAGGAGAGCACGGGCUACAUGGAGCCCGCCCUAUGGUGCCUGAGCCUGCUGCACACGCUGGUGGCUUUCCUUUGCAUUAUCGGUUACAACUGCCUCAAGGUACCCCUGGUGAUAUUUAAACGGGAGAAGGAGCUGGCCCGGAAGCUGGAGUUUGAUGGCCUCUACAUCACAGAACAGCCCGAGGACGAUGACGUGAAGGGCCAGUGGGACCGGCUGGUACUCAACACACCGUCUUUCCCCAGCAACUACUGGGACAAGUUUGUCAAGCGGAAGGUCCUGGACAAACACGGGGACAUCUUCGGGCGGGAGCGCAUCGCCGAGCUACUGGGCAUGGACCUGGCCUCACUGGAGAUCACAGCCCACAAUGACCGCAAGCCCGACCCCCCUCCGGGCCUACUGACCUGGCUCAUGUCCAUUGAUGUCAAGUAUCAGAUCUGGAAGUUUGGGGUGAUCUUCACCGACAAUUCAUUCCUGUAUCUGGGGUGGUAUAUGGUGAUGUCCCUCCUGGGCCACUACAACAACUUCUUCUUCGCCGCCCACCUGCUGGACAUCGCCAUGGGGGUCAAGACGCUGCGCACCAUUCUCUCCUCAGUCACCCACAAUGGGAAACAGCUGGUGAUGACCGUGGGCCUCCUGGCAGUGGUGGUCUACCUGUACACGGUGGUGGCCUUCAACUUCUUCCGUAAGUUCUACAACAAGAGUGAGGACGAGGAUGAGCCUGACAUGAAGUGCGAUGACAUGAUGACGUGUUACUUGUUUCACAUGUACGUGGGUGUGCGAGCCGGUGGAGGCAUCGGGGAUGAGAUUGAGGACCCAGCAGGCGAUGAAUAUGAGCUCUACCGCGUGGUCUUCGACAUCACUUUCUUCUUCUUCGUCAUCGUCAUCCUGCUGGCCAUCAUCCAGGGUCUCAUUAUUGAUGCUUUUGGGGAACUCCGAGACCAGCAGGAGCAAGUAAAGGAAGAUAUGGAGACCAAGUGCUUCAUCUGUGGAAUUGGCAGCGAUUACUUUGACACCACGCCGCACGGCUUUGAGACACACACGCUGGAGGAGCACAACCUGGCCAAUUAUAUGUUUUUCCUGAUGUAUCUGAUCAACAAGGACGAGACUGAACACACUGGUCAGGAGUCUUACGUCUGGAAGAUGUAUCAGGAGAGGUGUUGGGACUUCUUCCCAGCCGGUGACUGUUUCCGCAAGCAAUAUGAGGACCAGCUGGGCUGAGCCGCCACAGCUGGCCCUCUGCAUCCACCCGAAGUGCCUUAUUCUGUAAGCCCCCCAGACUCCUCCCACGUACCCCUCUAGGGUGGGAAAGGCUCCCUGUACCCAAGAAAUAAAAAAGUCUGUGCUACCCUUCU